AUUCUGGACCAGAAUCAGAUAUCGACCAUAGAAUCCGGUGCUUUUGAAGGCCUCACCAACAUGUCCCUGCUCUCACUGUCAAGCAACCCGGGGUUGUCUCUAACCAAAGUCGAUCCUCUCAUUCUGUCAGAUAUCAAAAACCUGACCAGAUUCCUUGCUGAGAAUAACAAAUUCCAAACGAUCCCAGCCAGUUUCUUUUCGCAAAACAAAAAUCUAAGGGAAGUUGAUCUCCAAAACGCUGGUCUGUCGGAGCUACAACCUGGUUCCUUCUCAAAUCUGAAGAACCUAUUAGAUGUGGAUCUCAGCAAGAAUAGGAUUGACAAUAUUGGUGCCAAAGUUUUUACCGGAAGCUCCAACUUCCAGACUUUGGAUCUCAGUAACAGCCAGGUAAAAUCUGUUGAGCCCCGCGCGUUCGAAACUCAAGCAGAGAUGCUUUUUCUCAUGCUAGACCAUAAUAUGCUAACAUCUGUUCGCAGUGCUUUGCUUGGGCUUAAAAAUCUGCUGACACUCACCCUUAACGAAAAUGCGAUUGUUUCCCUUGAUGAGGAUGACUUUAAGGACCUAGGUAUGUUAAAUUCAAUCGAUUUAAGCAACAAUGAACUUGAAGACACGGGCGGUGCAUUGGUGAAUCUUCGAUCUUUGGGAACCCUGAACUUGAACAACAAUUGUCUGACCAAGCUGUCGUUUGAUGGUAUGCCCCUACUGACAGAAAUCUCAGUAAGUAAUAACCGACUACAGUCCGUACCUGAAGGACUGGACGUGAUCAAACAUGCCAGGAUUCUGGACAUAUCCAAUAACCCCAUACAGAGCCUACCCAGUGGGCAAUUCGCAUCUCUGAGCUUCCUUUUGAAGCUGGACAUUUCGAACGUGUCCGCAAUCCAACAUGGCGGACUUGCACCUGACGCGCUGGCCGGGUUACACAGUUUGGUGGAACUCAGGGUAGAAAACAACGAGCUUAGCAAAGUACCCUCUCAGGCACUUCAUGCGGUAAAGCAGAUUCAAAUCCUCAGCCUUAGCCAUAACAAGAUAGCGACUCUUGAAGAGAACGACUUUAUUUCUGUGUCGAACGUGUCUAAUCUUCAACUCGCCGAUAACAUGUUAGCCAAGGUGCCCGAGAAAGCUCUUCGUCCCUUCACAAAUUUGACCCAACUUGACCUCUCAGGAAAUCCACUGGUACACGUCCCUGAUUGGUCGUUUGGAAACUUGACAACACUCGCCAGCUUACGCUUAAGCAACGCAAAGUUGUCGGUCAUUGAUCCUGCUGCGUUCCACGGUCUAAAAGGUGUGCAUUCUAUCGACGUGACCAACAACAAUCUAACAUGGCUGCCGGGGGAUCUCUUAAAAUAUGACCGCGCCUUUCCGUUCUACCUCUACGCGGACCAGGGCAAUCCUUGGUACUGUGACUGUCAGAUGAAACCAUUUUCACAGGCAGUCAACGUUCCCGGUCAGUCGGUUAUCACCAAUAUUCACUGCUCUGGCCCAGAAAAGUACAAAGGUCAAAAUCUUGGAGACAUCCCUCUGGCGAACCUCACCUGUGACUGUGAGCAUCAAGGGGCGCCCUCUGUCGACACUUCGGGGAGUGACAACAAGACUGCCGUCGGCCAACCCGCCAAACUGAAGUGUACAGUGCUAAGCUGUCCGACAUCCCACCUCUUCUGGACCACCCCGAGAGGGUUUGUCAUCUCCCCCCACCUCACCCAGUAUCCCGGAUAUGACGUACAAGACGACGGAACUCUCGUCAUCAGGUCGGCUGUCGCUGAGGAUGCCGGGAGCUACACUUGCACGGCGGCCAACUACCUUGGGAAGGCUGAACAGAUUCACAAACUAGAAAUCAGCGACACUACAAACAGCCAAUUAGAGGACCAGUCAAUACUCUAUUGCCAUGAUAGUGCAAUUUCCUACUAAGUUUCUAGGGUAACUAACUGGAUAAGGGAGUGCAUGUUGGACUCUGUCCUAUUGACCAGGCCAUCUAGCCCCUGUUGUAAACAAAAGCCUUAAGGGUUUUUUUUACCGUUUGCCGAUUGCCUGCAGACCUAAGCCUGAAACAGAAGUUCGGAGAUUCAAAUUCUGAGCCUUAACCAUAACAAAAUAGCCACUAUUGAAGAAAACUAUUGUUUCUUUUUCAAAUGUAUCUAAUCUUCAACCCUCCGAUAACAUGUUCUCUUUGUAUCGAGUCAUAAUGAUGCCACAAUUAGUAGUAUUGAUAGAUUAACAACUAUUUGGGGGACCAGAAUUCUAAAUCAUUUUGUCUAAAAGUAUUUAUGUAAAUCACACAAGACAUAUAGAUGCGACAGUAGCAAACGAUGAAGACAACACUACUAGAAUGCUCCCCUGUGGUUCUUUUUCAAACAGCUAGAUGGCGCUUUAGCAGUACCAACGAAUACAACAGAUACCAAAUCAAACGUUGUCAGGAUGCAGUGGAACUCAUAUCAAAACACCAGCCUGAUGUAACCUGAUAAGAACGUUAAUGACGUCACUGAAACCGUAAUCUGAUACUCUGAUCAACACCCCGAAUCAAUGACGUCAGUCGCUUCCUGUGUGAUGACGUCAGACCAGAACUUGACAGCUGUCUUGACGUUGAAAGUCGAAAUACAACACGUAAAGUCAUUACCCGAUAAUUCUCAACAGUUAUCCUACGCGGGGCACAGGUGGUGGUUGGAUCAUUAGGAUACAAACUGAAACGCACUUGGAAUCUGACAAGUAUCCAUUUACUCAGCUUCCUCCACAAAUGA